CCCCUCUUCAGACAAGAAACUUCAAAUGACUGAAAAUAAUACCAAUGAUACCCAAAAUUCUGAUGUUGGCAUUGAAAAGAUUGCUUUACAAAUUAAAUCUCUAGAACAACGCACAACUUCUGUUACUUUGCCUCGAAAUGCUUCAGUUUUGCAACUAAAGCAUGAAAUACAAAUUGCCUUUGAUGUUGAAUGUAAUAGACAGCGUUUAAUAUUUCAAGGAAGAGUUUUGAAGGACGAUAAGUACUUGACUGAUUAUGCUAAUUUGGAUAAUGGUAAAGUCAUUCAUCUAGUCAUCAGACCAGCAGAUGCUCCUCAUAAUCCACAAAAUGAUGAUCCUAAUCCUGGAACUACAAAUACCACUCGUAGCUCUAGGCUCAACGGACGUCCUUUCCCCUUUUCAAACCUUUCAAGUCGCUUUCCAAUGAUGGAGGGAUAUGCUUUUAUAACCCUUGACUCAGCCGUUGGUGAACCCAACGAUAACCAUUCUUUGAUUUCCUCAGUCUUGAAUGGCCUCACUUCGGGUACUAGAAGCAGAAGCCCUUCAACACAGACAACAACACCAACUACAGAUUCAACAUCAAAUAACCCAAAUAGAACAAGUGGACUCUCAGCUGCAUCCAGUCUCUUCAGAUCACCCUUUGCCUUCAGCUUUAGUCACAGAGGUUCGUCUGGAGAGCAGCGAUCUCCUUUUGCUUCUUCACUAGGAUUUCCACCCAGCGUGGAAGUUAGAUUGGCUAGAACCUUAGUAUCCAUAAGAAAUGUUAGAUCUAUGCUACAAGAGUCUAAUAAUCUGACAGACGAAUCCUCUAUACCUUCGUUUGGAACUAGUUCGACAAGUGAACAAUUGCAAGAAGUCAGAAAUUCAAUGAGAAAUAACGGAGGUCCUCCAUUGUCACAAAUUGGUAUGGCUUUAGAGGAACUAGCAGAUCUAAUUGAAACAGCAGCACCCCACAUGCGAGAUACGGCUGAACAAUUAAGAGCAGGAUUAAGUGAAGAUAAUCGCGCUAUAAGCAGAAGGGUACUCUUUAUCUCAAGAGUCAUACAAGGCAUGAGCUUAAUAAAUCACUUUAUGGGAUCUAUUCUCGCAAGUAUGGAAAUCGACUCUAGACGAACACGAUCAACACAACCAAGACCGACUACACCAGCGACACCAACCACUCGUGGGGAGACAGCGGCUUUAAGAACAAACCCACCUACUGUUUCCUCGUCAUCUUCGUUGCCUACAAAUAGUGUAGAACCAUCGUCAUCAUCAACAUCUACUUCUAACGGAUUAAAGCGUAAAUGCGAGGAAAAUGAAGAAGACGAUUCAUCAAAAAGAACUAAACAAGAAAAGGGCAAAGGAAAAGAUAAAACUGAUUAAAUAAAGCACAAACAAAAAAAAAAAAAAAGAA